GUGUCAGGAUUGCCAGCUUGGCAAGACGAACCACUGCGAGCUUGUGAGCUAGGGUAGAUUGCUGUGUAACGGAGAGAGAGAGGAGAAGACAAGAAAAGACAAGGAAAGCAUUCUGAGGAGACACGAUCUUAUCAGCCAUCACCGAAGUGAGAUCUGUGUUGACCACCCUUCAUGAUGCCAUACAUGGACAGAAAUAACUUUCACUGAUUGGCCAGUCCAUCGGUCUUAUUAAAGUAAAAGCACUCUUACUCUGGGACUUACCGCCCAGCAGAUCCUCUAUUGAGCUAACUACAGGAAAGGUCCUCACCGGCCUUUUCGCACAAUGCGCAUUGUCCUUACAUCUUGCAUCCUGCCUCGUUGGUUUUUCAAGCUUGCAUGCGCGCUCAAAGCUUCUGAGGCUCUGUCAUCGGAUUCGGCCCUUCCUCUCGCAAUGCAGAAGACGCAACGACAUCCUGCAGCGACAGUGGCUGAUUUGAUCCAUUGAGGUACCGAGGAGGAUGGAGGGUGUGGGCAAUGGGGUGCGUGAGGGGAGGUGUGAGGGGUGACAGUGCUCAUGUGAAAUGUGUGUGUUUGUGGCAGGCAUGUCGGCUGCAAGGUCGAAAACGCAGAAGGCCACGGCGAGUUCUACAGGUGAGGCUGGCGCAGUACCACGACUCUCUGUCUCUCUUCAUAUGCUGUGUGUGUGGUGUUUUCACAGGCAGCAGGCAGGGGGGCGUGCUCUUCGCUAUUGUACCCAAGUGCCUGAGCAGGACCGAGCUGUCGGCCUUCCGCCGCAUCGACAAGGCCCACCACGCCACCCUCACACCCGACGUGCUUGUACCCCUUCUCACACGCCUAUUGGUCCUCCUGUUGCCCACUCUCGGCCUUGGCUCCUUCCUGGUCUGUCUAUUUCCCCAGCUGCCCCUCCCGAAGGCAUUCAGCCACGGAUGCUGUUUUGCAACCCUCAUCGAGUCGCUGACCCGCCGUUUGUUCAUGCUGGAGAAUGGCGGCAACUGGGCCAGGUGGAGGCCCAUUCUCGAGAUGCUGUACCACUUGCAACGCAGGAGGCCGCUGGUGCUGACUGAUGAGCAGUUUGGUGUCUUCGACAGCCGGGAGGCGUUUGUCAAUGAAGGAGAGGCGUCUCGACAAUGGAGGAUACUCAGCUCGGGGUUCACUGUCAUCGAUGUGUUGGGCCAGGAGAGACAGCUGAUGGAAGGCAGCGCCAUCCGCAAACCCCUACACCGGCCUGAUCAGCUUCUCCCCUCUCACCGGGCCCAGCCGUCCCUUCAGCCCUGACACAUUCGAUGGCGACAGCCCCCCAAUGCGUCGGAACGACCACGUGAUCGACAUCUACAGCACGUACACAUCACUGGUGGCCUUCACCCUGUACCAAUGGCUGACUCGGAGCUCGCCGGAGCGCAACCCCCUCGCUCACAUCAGGCAGUGGUGGUCCAACUGCCGUGAUUCCCGUGCAUUCCAGCGUGUGCGAGAGCUGCUGACGGCCUCUCCCAGCUGCAGCGGGGGUGGACAGUGGGGAGCGGGCGGGGCGGUCUAUGACAAGAAGAACGAAUGGGCGACGUGGCACGACCGGCUGGUGGUUUUGGGGAGUGAGGCGGUGGGUGAGGGACAGAUGGCGAUGAUCACGCUGGAGGCGUGUCAGACAACAUGGCCAUGUAUGUAUGUUUGGGUGUGGGCGACGGAACCAGCGCCUUAUGAGCGCACCCGCAGUGCUUUGAUGGGUGUGUUGGGUGGGUAUUUGGGGGGGAUGGUGUGGCGGCUUGAGCGCGAGUCGCGAGAUGACUAACUAACUUCGUAUUGUUCAACUCGGUAUGCAAGUAGGUUUUGCUCUGUCUGCAGUCGGAUGUCGACACAUGGUGUCUGAGAGUCGCCUGUGAGAACAGAGACGCCUGCCUGCGUGUGGAUGUAUGUUUGUGUGUACUAACUGCAUGGAUCGAUGUGUGACCCUUUUGUCGCCUAUCACUUGUUCUCCUUUGCGCGUCUUCCCUCCCUCUUUUGUGCAUCUCGCGUUGGUAUGCGACGGUAGAGCACCAGCGAGAUGCACAGCAGAGAGACAGGGAUGGCUGGACGGCAGAUGCCCGUCCGUCUCUCGUUCUUGCAAACGAUGUGUGCACCGCACCGUACCGCGUGUGUUCUGUGUGUCUGUGUAAUGCGUGUGGGUGGACACAGGUAUGUGUGAAAGAGAAAGACGAGAGGAUCUCUUGGUUCGUUCGUCGAGUGUUGGUGUGGUGGCUGUGAAGCGGGUGUGAGUGGUGAAAUUCCUCUGAUGUGUGGUGGCCAUCGAGCUGCUGACACACACAACACACGAGAAGGAAUGGACAGGCAAAUUCAUCGGUUUGCAGACUCGUCUAUCAUGGCAAAG